AAAAUGAGCAGAGGCAAGAGGUGGUCACUGAGUGGGAUGACUGCUCUGGUCACCGGAGCAACCAGAGGCAUCGGGCAUGCCAUUGUAGAAGAACUGGCACAAUUUGGAGCAGCAGUGCAUAUAUGUUCCCGUAACCAAGCAGACAUCGAUGCGUGUUUGAAAGAAUGGAAAAGCAAAGGAUUUAGUGUGACUGGAUCAGUCUGCGAUGUGUUCUCAAGUCACCAGCGUCAAAAUUUAAUGGAAACUGUUGCUUCCAUUUUUCGUGGAAAGCUCAACAUCCUUAUAAACAACGCUGGGACAAUCAUAUAUAAGAAAGCCACACAUCAAACUGCAGAAGAUGUAUCUACUGUUAUGGGCACCAAUUUUGAAUCUGCUUACCAUUUGAGCCAACUUGCACACCCACUCCUUAAAGCUUCAGGAUAUGGUACCAUCAUAAAUAUCUCCUCCGUUGUGAGUGUGAAAGCUCUGCCUCUUGUUUCCGCCUACGCUGCAUCCCGAGGAGCUAUGAAUCAAGUCACAAAGAACUUGGCUUUAGAAUGGGCAAAGGAUAAUAUUCGUGUAAAUGCAGUCGCACCAGGAACCAUAAUGACCUCGCUUUUGGAGUCUAGCUUGAAAGAACCUGGUGGAGAAGUUGCAGUGAAUCAUACUGUAUCUCAAACUCCGAUGAAUCGCACGGGAGAGCCUAAAGAGAUAUCAGCGCUAGUUGCUUUCCUUUGCCUUCCUGCUGCAUCAUACAUCACUGGUCAAAUCAUAUAUGCAGAUGGAGGUUUCUCUGUUUAA